AUCAUGCAGUGCAAAAAGAUCUGAAACAGAAGUCAACUUUGAAUCUCAGUCCAUUGAAUGAUCUCCCAAGGAAGGUUACAGAUCAUGGCAGCUAACUGAAUCUUGGAAGUGUGGUAGCAUUAAGACCUUGAGUGAUAUGGAUUCGACAUUGUUUAUAUACUGAAAAUAUAUAAGAUACAUGAGUAUAUAUAUGUAUGUAUGUAUAUGUGAUAUAUGUAUGUACGCAUUAAUGAAAAUAUGUUAGAUAUGGUACCUUGAUUAAAUUACAAGUGUAGCAGAGACAAAAAAAUGAUAAUGAUGUAUGCCAGGUGUAAGAGAAGAUGAACUCAAUGCACAACAGUUUUGGUGGUUCAGGAGGGUACCCGGGGCCCUACCCUGGGUAUGUGCCACCCCCAACAGCCCUCCCCUACUACAAUGGCUACCCAGGUGACCUGACUCAAGUAUCCAGCCCUUAUUAUGGCAAACCAGCCGCCGUCCCUCCAGGGUAUUCCUCAGGCAUGGGCAGCUACUCUGCCCCUCCCAUCAACAACUCUUCAAUGUACUACCAGCAGUAUGGGCUCGGGUACCAGUAUGGGUACACAAAGUAUGGCUUGGGGUCAGGGCUGGGCUCCAGCCUGGGUUCAAACUUGGGCUACUCUUCAGAGCUUGCUGGAGCCUCAGGCAUCACGCCUCCCUCCCUGGGAGGACUGCAAGCUCCCACCACAGACCUUGGUUUAACGGGCUCUAUGUUCUCAAAAGGGAAAUACAAUGGUGGGCAGGGUAGUCCGUCACCACUGACUGCUGCUGGACUGGGUGUGGGGCAUGGGGGUUCAUCUUUAUUAUCACCUGUUACUUCCACGCCUCCAUCCCCAGGACCUCACAACAUCCCGAGUGGACUAGCAGGUACAGGUGCAACCCCAAGCCCCCCUGUCGACAUCAUUGAAUCGAAGAAAGACCUAGACAAAAUGCGAAGAUGUCAGGUGUGCGGGCAGGUGUUUCGUCUGAUGAGUGAAUGUCUUGCCCACAUGAAAUCGGUGCACGCAGUUCAUGAAGCACCACUCAGUGUGUACAGCUUACAGCAUAGUGCUGGAAGUCACCUCACACAGUCUCUCUCAUCAACAACCUCCUCGGGAGUCCCCUCUGCCCUCAGUACGAGCCUUGGGCCCCCCAACAGCACCAGAGCAGGUGGAGUGGGUGCUCCUGACAGCCCCCUGAUGGCACUGGAACGUAUGGGCUGGGGGGAGAAGCAGAGCCUCUUACCGUCUCUGCAUGCCUCCCCCUCACCUCUUACUCCAGCUUACACCCCUGCUCCAGCUGUCACUCCUGGGCCUCAACACCCGUCCACCCAGCACCUGUCCAGCCAACACAUGUCUAGCCAGCACCCCCCUAGCCAGCACCACCCACAACACCACUCAUCUCAACACUCGGCUCAACACACCUCCAAUCACCACCCUGCCUCUCAAACCCCCCCAGCACCACACCCCCUGAUGGAGACCAGUCAAGACCACCACAGUGCGCGAACACCAGUUAGUAGCUUAUCCAUGACAUACUCCAUGAGGACAGAUACGCAAGUUUCUCAGGCUCAUAGUAGACAUGCGUAUUCAAGCCCAACAUGCUCAGUGCCAGAGAAUAUUCCAGUGAGUGACACCAGAACUGAAAUAGGAGUAAGUUCAAAUUACAGUAAGCCAAGGAAAACAAGUUCUUAUUCAGUGUCUAGUAUUAUUGGAGAAACAAAAGAAAGGGUGAUUGAACGUGAAAGUAAUGUUGCACAUGAAAUACCUAAUAGUUUGACAGGUCAGAGUCCAACCAGAAGACAGGUGUCCCCAGCAGGAAGAUCAUCUAUGCCAGAUGGGUUUGAGCAGAGAAUAUCGCAGCUGAAACAGCAGUCGGCAGAAAACUCUCACUGUUCCCGGACUGCAUCUCGGACAGCUGCUGAAGAGUACAGUAUGCCAGAGAGGGAGACCCAGGGGCAGAAGGAGCAAGUAGUGCCAGAUCAGCAUCACAGCCAGCAAGUAGAUGUGCACAAAGGAUUGCAGAUGUCCCAUGGAACACCUGAUAGCCAGAAAGAGGACCAAAAGUCCUUAGCAGAUGAGAGGAGAGAUGUUCCAGAGGAUUUGUCACGUCAUGUGCCGUCGUCCCCAACGACUAUCCAUGGAACACUCCCCUCUCUGCACCAUGUUCCAUCAAGGGAAACCUCUCACGUUCAGGAAGAGAUGAUGUACGAAAAGACAGAAAAGAAACGCCAUCUGAAUUCUCGUAUGGAAGAUACCAGUGAUUCUACUCGAGUAAAUUCUCCACAGCAGAAAGAGGAUGAUAGAACCAACAGUUCCAUUGUUAAUCAACAACCUAGUCCUCAGGAGGUUGCCAAGGAGCCAUUAUCCAUGGAAAAAGCCACUGCAGUUUUGAAGGAACAGGUGUCACAGAUUGGUAAGCGGUCCUGGAGCCCAGCUCAAUCGCACUAUGUGCAGCAUCAAUUGCCACAGCAACAACAGACUAGCUAUCAACAGACUAAUCAGCAGCAGCAGCCAGCAUCUGCUGCGCAGCAUCAAGUACCACAGCCUAAACACCAGCAAGCCCAACAGUCUCAGCAUCAGCAGUCACAGUUAUCACAGCAACAGUCACAGCUGUCCCAACAUCAGCAGCCACAGGCACCACAGCACUUGCAAGGCCAGCAACAGCAGCAGCAGCAGCAAGGGCAGCAGGUUCACCAUCAUCAAGGACAGCAGUCACAGCAGAACUCCCAGCAGCCACAACAGUCUCAGCAUCAAGCACAACAGACUCAGCAGCCCUCACAACUGUCCCAGUCACAGCAACAACCUACACAAAUUUCCCAAUCCCAACAGACCCAGCAGCUAUCACAGCCACAGCAGCAGUCACAGCUGACACAGCCACAGCAACCCCCACAGAUUCAAGCUCAACACCCACCACAACUGUCCCAGGCUCAGCAAGCCCCGAAGCCACAGCCGCCCCCAUCACAGCAGCCACAGCAGCACCACCAUCCACAGCAGCAACGGCAGCCCCAACAGCCUGGCUACUCCAACUGGUCAGGAGGUGUGGGCUCAGGAUACUCAGGUCAAGGCACUCAGUACCCGUAUGGAUAUUCUCAGGGUAGUAAUAGUCAGUCUUCUGCAGGCGGUCAGCACCCCCAGUCUCCCAUGGCAGCUCACAAGUCCUCUAGCUACCACCCCAUGCCAAAUAACUAUGCAUCUCCAUAUGGAGCAUCGCCAGGCUCAGGCUAUCCUCCUGAUCUGGCUGGUCGGGGCCCCCCAGGUCAGCAAGGAUAUCCAGCUGCUCACUGGUAUGCUGCAGCUGGUGCUGGCCGCAUGGACUCAAAGUCAGGCUGGAAUAUCUGGGGUGGCCAGGGGCACCAGCCUGCAGGAUUUCCACAGUCAUAUGCUCCUUACCCAUACCCAGCUGCAGGCCAGCAGCAACAGCAAAAGUCACAGCUUUCACAGCAACAGUCACAGCAACAACAUUCCCAGCCACAGAAACAGUCACAGCCAGCACAGCCUCAGCUGCCACAGCCAUCACAGUCUCUGCAAGCACAAUCACAGCAGAUACUACAGUCUCAGAUCAUGCAGUCUCAGCCACAGCCCCCAAUACAAACGCAACACCAACCCCCUCAGCCUCAGGGUGGGCCUUCCCAGGCCCUCCAGACACAGGGGCCUCAGCCCCCGCAACCUAAAACCCCUCGGCCAAAAACACCACAGUCACAGCCACAACCACAAACUGCGCCUCCACACACACCUCAGCAACAGCCACACACCCCACAGACGCAGCCUCAUACCCCACAGCAACCCCCACACACUCCACAGCAACCACCACACACUCCUCAGCAACCUCCACAAACUCCACAGCAACAGGCACCACAGAUGCAACCACCACAAGUACAGCCACCCUCCCAUUCACAGCCUCAACAAACACCACAACAGCCACAGCCACAGCCACAGCAACUACCACAACCACAACAGCAACAACAGACCCACAAACAACAGCCAGAACCACAACUCCAGAUGCAGCCGGAAGUACCACCCCAGUCAAUGGCAGCAACACCUGAGCCCCAGGCAGCAGAGGGGUCACAGGAGGCUCUGGGCUCCAGACAAUCAGAGCAAGAGCUAGAGGAAGCUCUUGAUCAAGAAAAUGCUGAGAAUGAGGAAGAGGAGCAGCUUGAGCAUUAUCCGCCUGCUGAACGGGCAAAUUCAGAGGAUCCUGAUUUCCAAAAGGAAAAACUUGCUGCUGUAGACAAUCACAUGGAUUACCAAAGCAAGUCAAAGGUAACAACUCGUCCCCCAACAAAUUCAGUCCCAAAGAAACCAGUGUAUAAGAUUGGACCCAAGAGCAAAACAUUGGCAGCAAAGCAAUACAGUCAAAUUGAUGAUCUAGAUGACUACAAGUGCACUAUAACAGUCCAUGAAAAUGGGUCUGUCAAUGGCUAUGGGGUCCUGCCCACUCAUCCAUCAGCAGUGAAAGGUAACUCUCAGUCCUGCGAUUCCUCAGAUAGUGAAAUAAAUAGUGAAGAUGGAUCUCCAACCUUUGUUCAACUUCGACCAGCAAAACGACGCCGUAAAAGUCAAAGCCGGGAGGGAAUCUUUAUAGGUCCUAAACGUGUCAAACAGGCUAGGCUCGUAAGAGAGCGGCAGGAACGCCGGCACCGCCACCUGCAGGAGCAACUGCGUCAGACAGAGCUGGAGGAACAAAUCCAAGCAAUAAGAGCCGAGAAGUCGAGUGAGGAGGAUGGACCGCUUGGCAACAUGUUAGUCAAGUCCUCCAUCAUCUUGGCAGACUCACAGAUGGAGGAACAGGACAAUGUAGAGCAGUGCAUUGCCACCAUCAAGGCGCAGCAAAUGGCUGUCAACUCAUCUGAAUCAGGCAAUGAGCCUGACAGUGGGGACAAACUUUCUUCAUCCUCGGGACAGGUGGUGGGUAAAAAAGCAAAGAAAUCACAUACCAGUAAAGUGUUCCAUAAUGAGAACUCAGUGAUCAUAAAAACGCUUCCACGACCUGUGUCAACUCGUAAAUUAAGAGCCAAGGAUUUUAAAUGGAGCCAUUAUAUUAAGUCUAUGAGGUAUUGGUGUAGUGACUGUGCUCAUGGCUUUAAAAACCAGAAGGAAGUGGCAUUGCAUUCUGAAGACCGGUGCAAAUGGAACUGUCUCUACAUGCUUGAGUGUUAUGUCAUUGUGAAGGAUGUCCAAGCUCACCCUCAGUAUGGACCAAAGGUCCAGGAGCUGCUAGAGGAGUACCAGGUGGAUGGACAGCACAAGUGCAAGACCUGUGGAGAGAUCAUUGCGCGUAAGGCUGACUUCCUGGUGCACGUAGACACCCACAAGGACUUCAUGCCAUGGGAGUGCACCAUAUGCGGCUCACGCUUCAAGAUCCGAGGCUCCCUCAAGGAGCACCUGCGUUAUACUCACAUGAAGGGCCGAGUGCCCUGCCUCAAGUGCAAUAAAGUGUUCCCAACCUCCACUCUACUCAGACAGCAUGUUAAGGUAGUGUAUCCACAGUAUUUUGGUUCUCUUUUUUUUUUUCCUCUUUUAUUUUUAUUAUUAUUUUUUUUUUGUUUUACUAAUACCAGAGCUACAUAUCUAUGUUUUUGUGUAUUUAAGAUAGAUUUGUUAUCUAAUGUAUUUAAUACAUAUUAAUAUAGCAUAUACUAACAAAGUAUAAUGUUUAAAGCUCAUGCUAACAUUGACUUAAAGGAAAUAGGAUUAAUAGGUCUUUAUAAUGUUGAGCAAAUGUUUGGAGGCUGUUCAUACAGGUAUUUGCUUUCAGUAUUAUAUCUUUUUUAUUCUUAUUGUCACCAGUAUCUUUUCUUUUUAUUUGGUUCUUUUGCAAGUCUU